AUGUACCCCGCGGGUCCCGCGCCCGCCCCGACCCCGCGUCCGGCCCCGCGCCCGGCCCCGCGCCGCGGCCGCCGCCCCCCGCCCGGGCGCCCCGCGGAGCCCCCGCCCCCCGCGCCCGGGCCGCGGCCCCGCGUGGCCGUGAAGAUGGCCUUCCGCAAGGCCUACUCCAUCAAGGACAAGCUGCAGGCCAUCGAGCGCGUCAAGGGCGGCGAGCGGCAGGCCAGCGUGUGCCGCGACUUCGGCGUGCCCGGCGGCACGCUGCGCGGCUGGCUCAAGGACGAGCCCAAGCUGCGCUGGUUCCUGGAGCAGCUGGGCGGCGAGGUGGGCACGCAGCGCAAGAAGAUGCGGCUGGCCAACGAGGAGGAGAUCGACCGCGCCGUGUACUCGUGGUUCCUCACGCUGCGCCAGCACGGCGUGCCGCUGUCGGGGCCCGUCAUCCAGGCGCAGGCCGAGGCCUUCGCGCGCCAGAUCUACGGCCCCGAGUGCACCUUCAAGGCCAGCCACGGCUGGUUCUGGCGCUGGCAGAAGCGCCACGGCAUCUCCAGCCAGCGCCUCUACGGCGAGGCCGGGCCCCCGGCGCCGGGCCCCGCGCCCGGCCCGCCCGUCAAGGAGGAGCCCGCGCCGCCUCCCGGCGCCGGCCCCCUGCCCGACCGCGCGCCCGCGCCGCCGCCCCCCGCCGAGGGCGGCUACGGCGACGAGCAGAUCUACAACGCCAACGUCACCGGCCUCUACUGGAAGCUGCUUCCGGAGCAGGCCGCGCCCCGCGGCGCAGGGGACCCCGCGGCGGGGGGCUGCACCCGGCGCUGGCGGGGCGACCGGGUGACAGUGCUGCUGGCCGCCAACCUGACGGGCAGCCACAAGCUGAAGCCGCUGGUCAUCGGGCACCUGCCCGACCCGCCCAGCCUGCGCCACCACAACCAGGACAAGUUCCCGGCCUCCUACCGCUACAGCCCCGACGCCUGGCUCAGCCGCCCUCUACUGCGGGGCUGGUUCUUCGAGGAGUUCGUCCCGGGCGUCAGGCGCUACCUGCGCCGGAGCUGUCUGCAGCAGAAGGCCGUGCUGCUGGUGGCCCACCCGUCCUGCCCGAGCCUGGCCACUAGGAUCCCUGCCCUGGAGGAGAGCGAAGAGACCCCCAGGCGGUGCCGGCCGGAGCCCCUGGGUUCCCCGGAGGAGCUGCAGACGCCGGACGGUGCUGUGCGGGUGCUGUUUCUGUGCAAGGGCAGCGGCCGGGCGCACAUCCCCGCGCCGCUGGAGCAGGGCGUGGUGGCCGCCUUCAAGCAGCUGUACAAACGGGAGCUGCUGCGGCUGGCCGUGUCCUGUGCCGGCGGCUCCCCGCUGGACUUCAUGCGCAGCUUCAUGCUCAAGGACAUGCUGUACCUGGCCGGGCUCUCCUGGGACCUGGUGCAGGCCGGCAGCAUCGAGCGCUGCUGGCUGCUGGGCUUGCGGGCCGCCUUCGAGCCCCGGCCCACCGAGGGCAGCGCUGGGCACUCUGCCUGCCAGGCCGAGGAGGCCGCGGAGGCCGCCGAGCACAGCAGGGUGCUCAGCGACCUCACGCAUCUGGCGGCUCUGGCCUACAACCGCCUGGCCCCUGAGGAGGUGGCAGAGUGGCUGCACCUGGACGAUGACGGGGGCCUGCCCGAGGGCUGCAGAGAGGAGGCGGGCCCUCCCCGGCCCCCCACGCUGACCCCUGCAGCCCCUCCGCCCCCAGCCAGCCUGCCUUCUGGUAUGGGGGGCGGGGAGGAGGAGGAGGAGGCUUCUGAGCGUGGGGGGACCUCGGUGCCCACUGCUGGGGAGGCCAUCCGGGGUCUGGAGACAGCUUUGCGGUGGCUGGAGAGCCAGGACCCCAGGGAGGUGGGGCCGCUGAGGCUGGUGCAACUGCGCUCGCUCAUCAGCAUGGUGCGGAGGCUGGGGGGCAUCGGGCCCUCCCCCGCGGUCCCUGAUGAUGAUGGGCUGGCUCCCUGUCAGUGUGAACGCAGGUGUCCCUGAGAAGCGCUGCCCAAGAAGGUCCUGCAGGGGCAGCCUGCACCAGACCCUGGGCUCCCAAACCUGCCCACCUUGGCACACAGGCCUUGGAGUGACCCUCACAGUGCAGGGGAAGCUGGCAGAGCUGGCAGUGAUGGUGACCUGCAGCCAGGGUGGGAAACCUGUGCCAUGCACACUGCCUGUGCACCUGCAAGCUCCGAUAUGUCCUGGGCCUCAGCAAGGUGGGGCUUUGGGCACGUGGGAUUUGGCGUUAUCAGCCUCCAUUA